AAGGCGCGGUAGCGCUCGACUGGAUGUCUCCGAGUAACAGCCGUGCUGCGUGCUUGUCGUGCACGAGAUGCGCUUGUAGCUCCCAUUAUCUCUAAAGUGCGCCUUCUUUUCUGCUCACGGUGUUUGCAGUCCUCCUUCAAGGAGUCUUUUAAGUACCUUCACAUCCCUCCAAGAGCUUGUAACGUUUUCUUUCCAUAUAAAAACUUUAUUAACCUCCUUCCUUCCCUAGAGCCCUGUAGCUAUCCGGCGAAGACUCGGGACUCCUGGCGACGCGAGCUGCGCCCUUUUAAGCUAUCAAGUAGCAUCCUGCUCAGAAGACAAGGCGUGCCGGACACUGUCAUGGUGUGUGACUCGAUGCGCUGCGCCCUCAGAAUUAUCUCCUUAAGUUAAAAAAAGACAAACGGAUAUUUGCAACCUUCUGGAUGCGCACGUUUCCAGCUUGUACGAAGACAAAACCCGGUAGCUGACGUGGUGUUUCAAUCGUAUGAAGGGAAAAAGAAGGAGGAAAAAAAAAGUCCUUGGGGAUGCAAGUCGAUGAAAUGGAAGCAACACAGCCCAAGUGAAGAAGCGUGAGCCUCCUUUAUGGCUGCCCCUGUAAUGAGACCCAUGGACCCAGAGGGUCAAGUAAAUCGGACACAGGAGGAGCACUAUGAAUCAAGUUUGUGUUGCACAGUUGCUACGCCUCCACAGUUUGACCACCUGCCUCCGGACCUCGAAGACAGCACGAAGCUGGUGGUUGUGCAAGUCAUUCUCAUAGUAGCUUACAGCAGCAUUAUUCUUCUGGGAGUUAUUGGCAACUCCCUUGUCAUCUACGUUGUUUUUAAGUUCAAGACACUACGUACCGUCACUAAUUUUUUCAUUGCAAACCUUGCUGUGGCCGAUCUGUUGGUAAAUACUUUGUGUUUGCCUUUCACUCUUAUAUACACAUUACUAGACGAGUGGAAAUUUGGAAAGGUUUUGUGCUUCAUGGUGCCAUAUGCCCAAGGCUUAGCAGUGAAUGUUUCCACAGUGACCUUAACUGUCAUUGCCUUACAUAGACACCGGUGCAUUGUCUACCACCUGGAAAGCAAAAUGUCCAAGGAAACUAGCUUUAUAAUCAUUGGCUUUACGUGGAUGAUCAGUGCAAUAUUGGCAAGUCCAUUGGCUAUUUUUAGAGAGUAUGAAACAUUAAAUAUCUUUCCAGAAAAAUCUAUUCAUGUAUGUAGGGAAAAAUGGCCUGGCAGCAACCGAGAUGGCACUGUCUAUAGCAUUUCUAUGCUUAUACUCCAGUAUGUUUUGCCUCUUGUCAUCAUCUCCUGUGCCUACAUUCGAAUCUGGAGGAAACUGAAGAAUCAUGUAAGCCCAGGGGGCGGAAACGACAGAGACCACAGACGACGUAAAACAACCAAAAUGUUAGUGACUGUGGUGGUGGUUUUUGCCGUGAGCUGGUUACCAUUUCACGCUUUUCAGCUUGCUUCUGAUAUUGAUUAUGUUUUGGACAUGAAGGAUUUUAAGCUGUUUUUUACGAUAUUUCAUGUAAUUGCUAUGUGUUCUACAUUUGCCAACCCUUUACUUUAUGGGUGGAUGAACAAAAACUACAGAAAUGCAUUUAUUACUGUGUUCAAGUGUGAGCAGAGACUUGACUCCAUCCACCCAGAAGCCUUGGUGAAGUUUAGGACAAAAAAAGCCCUGGAGGCAGAAGACAUUGUAAAUGCAAAUGCGAGUGUAACAGACACAACUCGUAUACACCCAACCAAUGUUUGAAGGUGUUUUGAGGACCACACAUUAACAAAGGGGCUGUUUCUCUUCUUGAUGAAAUAAAAUAAGAACAAAAAAAAAAACAAGCUCAUCUGUAACCGUCAAUCUCAUUCAAAACAUAGCCAUUUAUUUAUGCUCACGGAAAGCUGUUUAAUCAGCCUAAACUGUUGCAGGUCCACAUGCCGUCAGCAUUCUAAAUAUUAUUACGUGGACCUCUGUCUGCAUGUCACGUUGCAUUUGUGUCUGUGUUAUGUCCCUCACCGACGCAGUAACACUUGCCUGUAAUUCCUAGUGAGCUGUUUAGUAAUUGAUCAAGUAAUGCGUAUUAUUUAAUGAAGAAAUUGAGAUAAAUGCACUUUUAUUACAUGCUUUCAUGUGUCAUGUGUAAGCAUAAAUGUUAUGUUAUUUUUUUGCAAUAUUUUUUCCUUUAUAAAUAACUAACUCUUUGAGGGCUGAAUAUUUUUCCCAAAAAACUCUGUUUUCUGAAAAGCACACAAAGCAAUGGUUUCACACACAAAUCAACAUAAAACAUCUGUUACUAUGGGCUGUGGUUGCUGUUGGCACAUGUUUGGCAUCUCUGGAGGCAGUGACUGCGUUGGGGCACCUCGAUGACCAGCAGGAAUGCAUGGUGGGCGGCAGUGGCAGACGCAGUGUGACGUCAUAUGGUUUGUACCUCUUGUCAUCAUAAGUGGUGGUCCUCCCAGGCGAAGGCUGCUGUAGGCGUAUCAGCUACACCAGGGGUCCUCAGUCACGGUCCUGGAGGGCCACAGUGGCUACAGGUUUUUGUUCCAACCCAAUUUUAAUAAGAAGCACUUAUCGCUCAAGUAACACUUCUGCUUCACUUUAGUAGUCUCGCUCGUUAAGAUUUUGAACCCUUAUUGCUUAUUUUAGACUUAAACAGGCGGCACGGUGGCGCAGUGGGUAGUGCUGCUGCCUCGCAGUAAGGAGACCUGGGUUCAUUUCCCGGGUCCUCCCUGCGUGGAGUUUGCAUGUUCUCCCCGUGUCUGCAUGGGUUUCCUCCGGGUGCUCCGGUUUCCUCCCACAGUCCAAAGACAUGCAGGUUAGGUGCAUUGGCGAUCCUAAAGUGUCCCUAGUGUGUGCUUGAUGUGUGUGUGUGUCCUGCGGUGGGCUAGCGCCCUACCUGGGGUUUGUUUCCUGCCUUGCGCCCUGUACUGGCUGGGAUUGUCUCCAGCAGACCCCCGUGACUCUGUAGUUAGGAUAUAGUGGGUUGGAUAAUGGAUGGAUAGUCUUAAACAGCUGUAUUCUUGUUUUUUAAUUGCUCCUAAUUAGCAAUAACAUGCAAAUGACAAAAGAGAGCAGCAUUUCUCCAUUUAGCUUGUUACCAUUUACACCUGUGUGUAUUUAUCGUGCACUAUUGGGUUUAAUUAAACCCAAAGAUAAUUAAAUUUUAAAUAAAAUUAAAAUUUUAAAUAAAAGGGCGGCACGGUGGCGCAGUGGGUAGUGCUGCUGCCUCGCAGUUGGGAGGUCUGGGGACCUGGGUUCGCUUCCCGGGUCCUCCCUGCGUGGAGUUUGCAUGUUCUCCCCGUGUCUGCGUGGGUUUCCUCCGGGCGCUCCGGUUUCCUCCCACAUUCCAAAGACAUGCAGGUUAGGUGGAUUGGCGAUUCUAAAUUGUCCCUAGUGUGUGCUUGGUGUGUUUGUGAGUGUCCUGCGGUGGGUUGGCACCCUGCCCGGGAUUGGUUCCUGCCUUGUGCCCUGCGUUGGCUGGGAUUGGCUCCAACAGACCCCUGUGACCCUGUGUUCGGAUUCAGCGGGUUGGAAAAUGAAUGGAUGGAUUUUAAAUAAAAUUAAAUUUAAUUUAACCUAAAGGUAUGGAAGAAGAUGAUCCGCUGUGGCGACCACUAACAGGAGCAGCUGAAAGAAGAAGAAGAAGGUUGGGUUUAAUUAAACACUUGGAAGGAAAGUGAAGAGAAAAAAGUGAAGGACUGAGAAUUACUCAUCCAUUUUAGCCUUCAAAUCACUUGGAGGAUAUCCUUAGAAAUGGGAAGGAAAUCUAGGAUAUAAGAAUUACCUGACAGCAGAGUUAAAGCACUAACAAGCCAUGAAAUUAAAUUAUUGGCAAGAAUUGCUUUCUAAUUAAGCAACCGGUUAGAACAAAAACCUGCAGCCACUGCGGCCCUCCAGGACUGUGAUUGAGGACCCCUGAGCUACACAAACACCAUGAUCAACUGGGGACUGAUCAGCUGAUGCUGGUACCUCACUUUCGUAUUCGAUGUCCAUCUCCUGAUCAGUUGCAUCAAAUUCCAAGUCCGACAAGUCAGAGUCCGAUUCAGCGAUAAUAUGUAAAACAUCCAUGGCGUAUUUAGUCUCUCACCAGAUGUCAAUGCCAUUUUAGAGGUGGUUUGCUCUUCGCUUCUCACGCAGGGACUGGAGGUUAAAUCAAUAAAGCUACUUAACUUUCCUUCUAGCAAAGAGAGUCAAACUUAAAUGUAAGGGCAAGUUUUGUCCCAGUUAACAGCGGAUUACCGUCCUCUACCCCUGAAUUCCGACAAAAGUCGACAUCGGCCUUGAAAGAGUUAAGUUCAUGUAACAAAUACCAAAAAUUAUUCAAUGAGCGUUUCAUGAUAACAAGAAAUGAAGGAUUAUUAUAUGGGGUGUAUUUUUAAAUCAUAGUAUAAUGCGUCAACAAAUACCCCUUUAUUGCACACAAUAAAUAUAAAUAAUAAAACUGCAGCCCUCUUCAGUUAUUUUCAUAUUAAAAAUUUGCAGCUCAAUGUACAGUAAAAACCCUGGUGGCUCAUUUUAAAGUUUUGUAAAAUUGCUUUAAUGUUUAAACCCAUUAAAUAUUUGUCUGUGGAACAUUGUAAAGCAGCAUUGCAUCUGGAAGUUACAUCUGAUGUAUCGUUUGUUGGGGCUUAAGUGGAUGAGUAAGCAAUUCUUACUGAUAGAAUCAAUUAAGGAAUGUUUUUGUUUUGUAGCUUUCAACAAAAACAGUUUAAGAUGUCAUUUCUUUCUUCUUUUUAUAUUCUACAAAUUGUAUUGUUCAAUUGUAUUUUUAAAUUAUUUAGAUCUGAAAGAUACUGUCAGUAAUACAUUAAAAGGAAGAGCAGCAUGGUGUCGAGUUUCAGUUUUGAAAUGUCGCUGCAUGCAAGCUGCUUUUAUGUGAUGCUCUUUAUGUCUUUAUAAUUGUAAAUUGUGUCUUAAUAGUACUUUUAUCUGUCCAUUUUCCAACUCACUUAUCCAGUUUAGGGGGGUAUCACAUAGUGUGUGAUAAUGUGUUUAAUAAAGUAUAAUAUGAGGAAAAAAAAUGGACAUUUAGAAUAUAUUUUUAUUUUAAAAUUUAAAGCAGGAUGGAGGAAUAUAGCAGCGGUCUCUAAAACCUUACCAAAGAACUUAAAUGAUUUUGAAAAGCAAGAAGGUACAUGUUGUGAAAAGGCGCUAUAUGGGUGCCAACCUGACACAGACUCACACCAUGAGGCACACGUAAAAUAAAUAAACUUCACCUGUGGGGCACGUCUUCCCUGUGUCCCACAAGCACAACACAGUCCCAAAAGACACACCAAACAAAACACCACCACAGAAACACUUCACUUCACUUCACUUCACUUCACUUCACUUCACUUCACUUCACUUUCCUUUCCUUUCCUUUCCUUUCCUUUCCUUUCCUUUCCUUUCCUUCUCCCGACGUUAGCUCCUCGAGUGGUGGCUGCAGGCUCCUCUUAUAGCCCACGCAGAAGUUCUUCAGGUGGUAAUUAGCCUAAUUAGGCUGCACUUCCGGAUGUGGCUGCAUCACAGCCCAAACGGGCUCGUUAAGUCGUUCAGCUCCCCCUGGCGGUGGCCACGGAGCCCAAAAGGCAUGAGCUCCGGUGUUCCAUUAUUGUGGCCCCAAUACCGCCCAGGGGGGCUGCCACCAAGUGUUCCAGGGAACGUAAUGAGCCUCCCAUGGCAGCUUCCCCGGAUUCAGUGCCAAAGGGCCAUCCUGGCCGGGCAUGGGCCCCAGCCAUCCGUGACAACGUUCAGUUGUGGUCCAAGCUGCAGCACAUCCCUCCAUAUAGGGGAUUGCUCAGCUCAAGCUUUUUGGACAAUACUUUCUGUGGUCAAAAAGCUGUUAUUUUGAGCAUUUUUGGUUAUUAUUCUUCCGAGAAUAAUUCAAAGAAAGAAAAAGAUAAAGCUUGUUGGAAACAUGUCUUUUUGUAGUUUUCAUUAUGGAAGGAAUAUUUCUCAGAAGCAAAGACAUUCCUGUUUUAUCCAUCUUUAUUAAAUUUACCAAGAGGAUGGUGAUCUUUUAAGUUAGUGGAAAGGCAUGGAACUAUCCAUGGAGUGGCAAGUGUGCAGCUGACGUGUCAUUCAUUUUUCAAAACAGAUCUUUAAAGAUGUCAAAGGUAAACUUGUAUGACUUAUUUUCCACGCCUUCAAAAAAACGCUGUUCUAUUGACAAAUUUAAAACGUGUAAAAUACAGCAGUGCAGUAGGAUGAAUGGGCAUGGCUCAUGUCAUUUCUCACAUUCUGACAUUUCCACUUUAAGGGUGUUAUCUCGACAAAUCAAGGCAGUGGCUCCUCUGCAAAUAUUUAAUAACUGUUCAUUAAACUGGCCAGCUGCACGGUAUGAUUCCUCGUUAAGAUCCAAAUGGUGUAAAUAAGAGCAUAGCCUUUUGUUUUCACUUAACAUAUUCUUUAUUCUAUUUUAGUACCUCAACAUCAGAGAUAUUCUAAAGUACAUUUUUUGAAACAAAGAAUACCACUACUGCUUUCUUAAUAAAAUUAUGUAACAAGCUGUCAUGUAAUGGGGUGUAAAAUAAUGUGUAUGGUUCAUGCAAUUUAAAUGACUAUUAAAAAUAUAUAUAAGAACUUUAUUAAUUA